AUGUUUCUCUCUAGCCUCUUGACAACCGCUCUGGCUCUUUCGACCGCUGUCGUUGCGGCUCCCUCCUCCAACGGUAACAAGGCGAAUAACAACGGCCAUGGAAAUGGUCUCGACAAGAACAAGAAGAACGCAAACAACGGAACUUGCCCGUUGACCGCCGUCGACCCCUUGAUUCAUGACCCUUCGGUGGCCAAGGUCAACGGGACCUAUUACCUUUACUCUACCGGCGAGGGUAUCCCGAUCCGCAAAUCGACCGACCGGAUCAACUGGAAGUUUGCGGGCUUUGUCUUCCCCGACGGCGCUCCUAGCGUAACGGAUGCCUAUACGAAUACUACCAACGGGUCACUCUGGGCUCCUGAUGUCUCGUACCACAAGGAGAGCAACCAGUUCGUCCUCUACUACUCGGCCAGUUCUUUCGGUUCCCCGAUCUCGGGGAUCUUCCUGGCAACCUCUCCCACCGGAGAACCUGGUUCUUUCACUCAACAAGGUCUCGUCAUCGAAUCUUCCCCAGCCAAGGAUCCUUACAACGCGAUCGAUGCCAACUUGGUAUAUAACGGAACUUCUUGGCACCUUUCCUGGGGCUCGUGGUGGAAAGGAUUGUACAUGACCGAGGUCGACCCAAAGACGUUCAUGCCCAUCUCCAAGAACACAUCGGAAUACGUCUUACUGAGCUCGCGACCUUCCACUUUACCCAUCGGGGCCAAUUGGGGUGGCGAGAACGGUAGCGAGGGGCCCUAUGUCAUCAAGUAUGGAUGCUACUUUUAUCUCUUCUCCGCAUGGGACCGUUGCUGUGCCGGUUUGGACUCUACCUACAAGAUCGUCGUCUCCCGUUCGCUAAACGUCAACGGGCCGUACGUCGACAAGCAAGGUACCCUCGCUACUGCGGGAGGCGGAAGCAUCGUCUUGAGCUCGCACGGCGAUAUCGUCGGGCCGGGCCACAUGGCCGUUCACGAGGAAGAAGACGGAGUUUACAUGUAUUACCACCACUAUACUGCCGAGAAUUUCGAGUUGGGGAUCAACAAGCUCGACUUUUCGACCGGAUGGCCUGUUGUCGUUUGAUCAGCUUCGAGUGAUCGGGGUUUUGAUAUCAGAAGACUUUUUCUCAGCUAUGAUGUAAAGAGGGUAAGGGAAUGUCGAGGUCGUGGUCGCAACAGCGAAAAAAAAUAUGGGUAUAGCCGCUCUCCGUCC